GAGCAGCAUCAGGCGAGUAGAGGGUUGCAGCUAAAGGCAGGAGGGGUCUGGCAAACUGUAAGAAAUGUUUUCUCGAUUAAGGAUAGCUGUCGCUCCCUGUGCACUGGCGUGCCGCGGCGCACACACCAAAGAAAAAGGGAAGUUGCUGAUGCUGAACCCCAGGACAAAUAAGGGUAUGGCUUUUACAUUAAAAGAACGACAAAUGCUUGGACUCCAAGGACUUCUGCCUCCAAAGAUAGAGACGCAAGACAUCCAAGCCAUGCGUUUCCAUAGAAACCUGGCCAAAAUGACCGACCCUUUGGAAAAGUACAUCUACAUAAUGGGGAUCCAGGAAAGAAACGAGAAGUUAUUCUACAGGGUGUUGCAAGAUGAUAUCGAGCGGUUAAUGCCAAUUGUUUAUACACCAACUGUAGGCCUAGCGUGUACCCACUAUGGACAUAUUUUUAGAAGGCCAAAGGGAUUGUUCAUCGCCAUAACUGACAGGGGCCAUGUUAGAUCGAUUAUAGGUAACUGGCCAGAAAAUGAUGUAAAGGCUGUGGUGGUCACUGACGGAGAGAGGAUAUUGGGCCUUGGUGAUCUGGGUGUGUACGGCAUGGGCAUCCCUGUCGGUAAACUCUGCCUGUACACAGCAUGCGCCGGCAUACGACCCGAUAAGUGCCUCCCUGUUUGCAUCGACGUUGGAACCGACAAUCAGACGCUCCUGCAAGAUCCAUUUUAUAUGGGGCUGUACCAGAAACGAGACCGCUCACAGCUUUAUGAUGACCUCAUCGAUGAGUUCAUGGAAGCCAUUAUAGACCGGUAUGGCCAAAGCACACUCAUUCAAUUUGAAGACUUUGGAAACCACAACGCUUUCCGCUUUUUGAGGAAGUACAGGGAGAAAUAUUGCACCUUCAAUGACGACAUACAAGGAACGGCUGCCGUGGCCUUAGCUGGUUUGCUGGCAGCGCAGAAGGUUAUUGGGAAACCACUCACAGAACACCGGAUUUUGUUCCUUGGCGCGGGAGAGGCAGCCCUUGGAAUUGCCAAUCUCAUAAUCAUGGCUAUGGUGGAAGGGGGUCUUUCCAUGGAAGAAGCUCAUAAGAAGAUCUGGAUGUUUGACAAAUUUGGCUUAUUGGUUCAGGGCCGGGAACAAAAAGUGGAUGCCAACCAAGAACCCUUCAGUCAUCCAGCCCCGGACCAAAUGCCGAAGACCUUCUUAGAUGCAGUGAAUGUUCUUCAACCUUCUGCCAUCAUUGGAGUCGCAGGUGCUGGCCGGCUCUUUUCCCAUGACGUGAUCCAAGCAAUGGGCUCCAUCAAUCAGAGACCAAUCAUAUUUGCACUGAGUAACCCUACUGCAAAAGCUGAAUGCACUGCCGAGGAUGCAUACACGUUAACAGAGGGGCGUUGCCUGUUCGCAAGCGGCAGUCCGUUUGAGCCGGUGAAGCUGAGCGACGGGCGAGUCUUUAGACCAGGCCAAGGAAACAAUGCUUACAUAUUUCCAGGUGUCGCUCUUGCUGUUGUUCUCAGUGGCGUUCGACAUAUUAGCGAUAAAGUCUUCCUGGAAGCUGCAAAGACCUUGACCGCACAGCUGAGUGAGGAGGAAUUAUCUCAGGGAAGGUUGUACCCACGACUCAGCAACAUCAGAGAGGUUUCCAUUAACAUUGCUGUUAAAGUUAUGGAGUAUUUGUAUGCCAACCACAUGGCUUUCCAUUACCCCGAGCCCAAGGACAAGAACCAGUACAUACGGUCCAACGUUUGGAGCAACGAGUACGAUUCUUUUCUCCCAGAUUUGUAUGACUGGCCAGCGUCUAUAUCGUACCCACCGAAAAUGCAGUGACUCUUCUUCAGUGUGGAUUCCUCAGGUAGCAUCUGAAUUUUGCUGAGAGCCCCUUCUCCGACCAGUCUCCAGAUCAUAAGACAUGUAGCUCAUUUUUUUUAUUUUUUAUUUUAAACUUCCGUCAUAACCGUCCUUUCAGUUUCUCGUGGUGUGGAAUUUUGCCAGACACCGAAGACCUGGAUUCCGACAAAUGGACUAAUUGAAUACAGAAAGUUGCUUUGGUACUUUAAGUUCACUUCUAGAACCCAUGUUGCAAAGGUAAUCCAACCACGUACAGGUUAUCUUUAACUGUUUCUUGGCGUCUCAUCUUAGGCCUCGUUUUUUAUAUUCAGCAGAAUCAAACUGUGAUGUUUUUUCUGGAUUGCAUCACUUCAGGUUGUAGAUGGAAGGUUGCAUAUUUAAAUGCUUCCCCCAUGCAUACAGAAAAAUUAGCAAUUUGGGGAGAAGGAUGUGGCCUAACUUUCUGGCAUUCCUUUUUUUCUACUUGCAGGCAGUUACUAUUGCCGAACAUUCGCCUGUGGCCUCCCCCUGGGGCCUGAAGUGGUACAACCUAGAAGAAGCUCUACCACUCAGCCCUACUCUCUGUAUAAAUGGACCCUAUUUUUCAUCCCCAAAGGACUGCCUUUUGUAGGCUGGUUUCCUUUUGUGCUCUUUUGGACUUUGCAGUUGCCUAAUAUGCCGGAUUUGUGACAGUAGUCAAAGAUAGACUAGCCCAGAAAGGAUAUUUGUUUUCUGGAAGACGAAAGCUGCACGAUCCAGGUUUCUGAGCUUCGAGCGUGCAGCUUAGAUUUUGUGAACAUGUUUGGCAGAGCUCGGUAUUGCAGUCAAGCUUGGUAAAGAUGGCCUGGAUAUAUAUGGCUAAGUUGGCUGAUGGCUGGCUCUGAAUUUGAAACGGUUACUGUGUGACUUUGGUUUUGUGACACUCCUCUACUUAUCCCACCCACCCCACAAGCGAGAAGGCAUACACGUGGGUUGAGAUUUUGUUGCACUCUUUAACUUCAGUCCAGUAUCUCUGAUGUGUGUCCACAGCUCCAUCCCAUUUGCGUUGGCAUUGGGGGACCUCUUCCCAUAGUGGCACUCCAGUUCUGCCGUGAACGGGGCAAUUGGGCCACAUGGAAUCCUGUCUCAGACUUCCUCCUUGGACCACCGGAUCAGAUCCUCUAUUCAUCAGUUAGAGUUAUUCAUUUUACAAUUGUUUUUUUCCUGAAAUAGCUGCCAGUUGGGCCUUUUAGAAAAAAAAAACAGAUGUUCCCGGAAAGUACUUCUCUUGGAGAAGCAAAUCUUCAGUGUGGGUGUGAAAGGGGUUCUGCAGCCAGUGGAAUUCUGAAUGUAACAUUGGUUUUAAAAGUUGUGCAUUGCUUGGAAUUAAUGUCGAACUGCGCUGCAGCCUGACUUGGCUGUGGCUGGAAAAGUGGGCUCAGAUCAGGGUGGGUUUUAUUAAGAAUGCUGCUUAUGUCAUUUUCCCCCCUCUCUAAAAGAACACUCCAAGGCAAUAGCAGGAUCAUGCAAAUAGCGGAGAAUAUCACUAAAAUGCAUCACAGUAGAAUGGAAUAAGACACCGAACUGUGACAGGCCUCAAAGCUCAGAUGUAGUGGUCAGCUCCAAGAAAUACUCAUUGUAUGUAGAGAUGUUUUAAUGUCUUCAUGAAGGAAGGCUGCAGCCGUUUCCGUAUCUUUCACUGCCUCAGCACUGUUUGAAUGAUUGUCAGGUACAAUCCUGUUCUGUUUGUCAGCGCCAGACUUAAGCUUGCGACCAGUGUGAUGAUUCACACCAGGUAUGUACCAUGCUGGCGGUCAUCAGAGCAUGGUUUAUGUACCACCGUGCCCCCACGCCAUGUCAAUGGCACAAGUCUUGUCUAUGCCACUGCACCACACUGCAAAUGUACACCUUGCUUGCUUUGCUGAACUGCCGUUUCUUUUUCAGAAGGGGUUUCAGAGGUUAUGCACUUGCUUUGAGAUGGUGUCAGGGAACUGUAUAGGACUGGAUAGGACAUUUGCCAUCGAGCUCUUCUUUUACACAGGUGCAACUAAAUCAGGAAACAAACUCCUUGCGCGUUCAACAGAACAGCACGAGUGCAGAGAGGCUUUCUUGGCUUCUGGAUUCCCGUUUGUCUAAAAGUGAGAUACCAGGAUUCUUUUCCUAUUGCCAUUUGGGGGUUGCGGCAACUUGGUUGUAUGCUAUCCCUGCCUCCCCCGCUUGUGUUGUUUUGCUCGUCUGAUGGUUUCAUGCUCGUGAAGAAGAAAGAAGAAAUUUUUUUUUGCAUUGGCCGAAGGAACUGAAUGUAAAAGGAACGAUCGAGCUGGAAUUUUCCUGAGGGAUUCUCCGUAGAAAUAGCAGUUGCAGAAAAAGAUUGGGAGGAAGUCUCGUGGUUUUCAUUUUGGGGGGGGAGGAUUUUUUUCAGUGGAUUGUGCCCAGGGUCAGUGCCUACACCAUGUUUGUAUUUAAUAUCAGGGAUAGCAGAAUGGGCUGCCGGCCCUGUGAGGCUCUAAGGCAGGACUGUACGUGCAGGAUACAAACAGCCUGCAAUAUCCUGUGUGUAGGGAGCAUUUUAGGGGUAUUUCCCCAGUUUACAGUUUGAUCACUUCCACGGUCCAUGUUUGGAUCUGAAAGAAGCCUAGUUGCUAUGUUUUAAUGGGCGUAAUUACCUUUGCACAACCGGACAUACAAUUUCAGAGGCUUCGGAAAUGGCAUAAUAUUUUGUGUCUGAUUUUGGAGCUAAGCACCUGUGUGUUAAACACAUGACAAGAUGUGCUUGAACAUGGGAGCGCUUCUGUACCAAGUGCUCCCUCCCCAUUGCACUUUUAAAGAUUAAUUUAACAUGAUCAAUCACCCAUUUUGCCUGUAAGUGCGGGCUGAACCCCUUCAGAUUGUAGGUGGGGAUCACGUGAAACUAUUCCCCAAAAGAAAAACAAACAAAAACCCUUACCACCUGCGAGGAAGCUAGACUUGAACCUUUUCCCCUUGUAUAUUAAUUUUGUAAGUAUAAGAUUUUUUUUAAUAUACUGGAGUAUUCAAAUAUUCAGGCACCCCCCCCCCCCCCCGAGUCUCAGGUGAUAAAAACCAGAAGCAGUUCCGUUACAGGAGCGCGCUGGUUGUGUAUAUCGGUUCCGAUUAAUUUGGUCUUCCUUGCCCGGACAGGCGAUCUCAACCCAUCUUUCACUGCCAUCGCUCAAAGGAAGAUCCUUGGCAGGCAAAUAAAAACAUUUUAGUACAGAAAUGUAAUUUUUGGAAAAGAAAGGGAAUAUAUCAUUACUUACUGUAUACUUGUUAAAGGGAACAAGUAUACUUAAUGUAUGCUUGUUAAAGGGAAUAUAUCCUUGGGGGUUUUUUGUGUGUGUAUGCAUGUCCCUCUGAGCUUUUGGCAAACUCUUGAUAUUGAAGAUGCUUUUAGAACUGGGUAUAAGCUUCCUCGCAGUGUAGAUUUGUUAUUUAAUUUGUUUGACUUACAACAUGGUUUUCUUUCUUGCACUUUCCUGUUUCUUCUUCCCCCUUUUAAGAUAUGACGUAAGCUGUAUUUUAACAAUGUCUCUCGAGCCCUUCUACAGGAAGCGCACCUUUCCUUAUUGGUCAUCUUAAUCUGUGUCAAAAGAACAACUGCCCCCUUAAAACAACGUUAAAGAGAACUGGUUUACUCAACAGAAACUUGGGAUUUGGGGAUGAAAUUCUUCCUUGUCCAGCAAAAAACAUGGCUCGAGUCCCUCUCCCCCUUUCCAAACCUUCAAGGUCAGCAGUUAUUUUGGGGAGGCAUAUCCACAAGACAGCCCGUGCUGCAUCAGUCAUGUACGUGCUGUGCAUAGUAGAAGAUAGCUGAUGAGCCCCGCUUCUGUCUCCCCCCCGCCCCCCCACUGCUGGCCUGAGGGUUGGGGGACUCUCAGAGUGGGAUGUGGCAUGGAGUGUACAGGAAGAGGAAAUCAGUGAAAAUCUGUCUAAGGUGCACACAUGCAUUUAUGGAAGAGCUCGCUCAAAGGGGAUGGGAGAUGAUUUCUGCCAAUUUCCUUUUAUCUGAAGACCGUUGUGCCACAUUUAUCACUGUUUUGGAGAGUUCCCUGAUGCUCAGGACCAGCUUUGGGGGGCCUCACAGCUUUGGGGGGCCUGUGACUCUUUUUGUUCAUGGUUUGUUGUUUCCAACUCUGUUUUCGGAUCCGGGGUGAAUUCAACAUGGACAGCUUCACAAAUUGCACCAUGGUUAGCCCUGGCUGAUGUUGUUGAAAGUCAGCAUGGGCCUUUCUUGCAUGUGUGUAGUUCUGUGAAUUGUCCGUGCAACUGGGUCUGCACAUAGAAAGGAAAUUGAGCCCUUUCUUAGACAAAGGGAAACUAAGUGGCAGCUUUUCUAUUCUCCCAUGAAACUCUCAUCAAGCAGUGAAGAAGCUCGCCUGUCUGUGGAGGUCAGAAAGUCACCACAAGGGCCAAGGAACACAAAGCCAAAGGUGGCUGACCAGACAUUUCAUGUGACUGGUUUUGAAUAUUGUAAAAUAUGCUGGAGACCUGUUUAAAGAUGUCUGUGUGGUAGCAAUUUUCACAUUGUCCAAAUGCAAAUCUUCAGGAUGUAUCUUUUUCUGCCUCCCACCCCUUGAAUAUAGUUUGUUCGAAAAUAAUCUCUUGGGUGGCUUUAAAAGCAUCACUGUGGUUAAAAGAAUUUAUUUUUCACCUGUUUGUAAUACUGUAACUGUAUUGAGAUGUGUUAUGGCCUUCUAUUUUCAUAGUAAAAACCUUUCCUUUA